UCCGGUGAAAAUAAACAUGGCUGAGAUGAAACCCCUUUCUUUUGGAUUUUCAAAGAAAUUUGAGAAAAAAGACCUAAGUAAAUCAGUGGCGGCAGAAAAUGAAAAGAAGGAAGACGAUUCAAUUGACUACGUAACCUCAGUUGAUAAUAAAACCAUAAAAGGAUCAAAGCCAGAAAAAGAGAAGAAGGAGUAUGUGAUCCCUCUAAUUAAGAAGAACGAUUGGAGAUCGGGAUUGAAAUCGGAUAAACAGAGAGACGAGGCAGAGGAUGAAGCCGUCAAAGAAAUCAUAGAGGAUGCUGCCAGAAAGAAUGAAGCUUGGAAGGAGCAGGGAAAGGUAGACAACACUGAUCUAGCCAUUCCUUUGUUGAUGCAGAAUAAAGUCCCAGAGGGAUUUGAAACGGAUGAGAAACUAGAUGUCUCAUUACGACCAGAUGAACCAGAAGAGGCAGAUUAUGAGGAGAUUCCUAUAGAAAGCUUUGGUGUGGCCAUGUUAAAAGGAAUGGGAUGGAAAGAAGGAGAUGGAAUUGGAAAAAAUAAAAAAAAUUUUACACCUGUUGUCGCGACACUUCGCCCCAAGGGUCUAGGGUUGGGUGCUGACAUCUCCGAGGCCAAACAGGCUAAGUGGAAUGGAGAGGACAAAGGCAAGGACAAGGAGGAGGAAAUCCUCACUGUAAAGAAGGGAGCUUACUGUGUCCUCACCAAGGGAGCUAAUAAAGACUUGUAUGGUGUGAUUGAGGGCCUGGAUGAGGACAAUGCGCGAGUGAUGGUGAAGCUGACAUUGUCUGGUAAAAUUGUCACCCAGAGUCAGUAUGGUAUCAGGCUUGUCAGGAAGAAAGAGUACGUAAAGUACUCCAAGUACCUCAACAAAGGAAAAUCUGAUGAGUACAAAGAAAAAGAAAGUCAAAAGAAUGGCUCAAGGAAACGAUCCAGGUCAAGGUCAAGAGAAAGAUCUCACAAAAAGUCACACAGACAUAGGUCAAGGUCAAAAGACAGGUCACACAGACAAAGGUCAAGGUCGAGGUCAAAGGAAAGGUCACACAGACAUGUGAAGGGGGACAGAAGGAAAGAAAACAGAGAAAGAGGCAGAUCUAAUGAGAGGGAGGAGAGGAAUGGAGAGAGGAGAUUACAUGAGGAGGAGAAAUCUCAUCGGGAGGACAGGAGGACACAAGAUUAUGAGGACAGAGAGGAGCAAGUUUCCAGGCGUGUGCAGACAUUUUCAGAAAUUUGGGCGCGUCCACAGAUCAGGGUCCGAAUAAUUGACAAGAAUUACAAGAAAGGAAAUUAUUAUAAAAACAAGGUGACAGUCUUAGAUGUGCCUGGGCCAGAAAACUGUAUAUGUAAAACAGAGGAUGGAAAAGUUUUGGAAGGUCUCUCUCAGCUGCAGUUGGAAACAGUCAUUCCUAAAUCAGACAGGGCAUUUGUAUUGAUUGUGUCAGGGAAAUUUCGAGGACAGUUAGGAGAAGUUAUGUCAAGGAACAAGAAGAAAUCUACAGCUGCAGUGCAGUUAUUACAAGACCGGGACAGUGUUCUAAACAUUAGCUAUGAUCAUAUAUGUGAAUUUGUGGGAGAUAUUCAGGAAGAGUUUGAUUAUUGAUAUUGUCAUUUCAAAAAGUCAUGUCACUCAUAAAUUUUUAUAAUAAAUUUUUAUACUAAAA